AUGUGGAGGAAAGCAACGCAACUGGGAUUGGAUUUUGAAGGGAAGCAUGAAAAUAAAGUGGAUAUUCUCUGUCUAAUGGAUGUCCCACAUUGUUCUAUCAUCAUCAUUGGAGGAGAUUUGAUUGUUGCAUGGAUGGAUCCUUCAACGGCACACAACCAGGAAAUGGGUUCCCAAACACUAGAAAGCAUGUUGGUUUGCAGCGCAAAACCACAGCAAGAAAAGAAGCCAAGGCCUAGUGAGCAAUCCCUAAGAUGCCCUAGAUGCGACUCUAACAACACCAAGUUUUGUUAUUACAAUAAUUACAGUCUUUCCCAGCCAAGAUAUUUCUGCAAGUCAUGCAGGAGAUAUUGGACUAAAGGUGGAACAUUGAGAAAUGUUCCAGUGGGUGGAGGGUGCAGGAAGAACAAAAGACCAUCAGCAAAGAGAAGCCAAGAUCAACCAUUGACAACAAAUUCCUCUAGUCCUUCUAGCUCUUGUUUAACACCUCUAUCCUAUGACUCCAAUGAUCUCAGCCUUGCAAUUGCCAGGCUUCAAAAUCAGACCACCGGAGUAAUGGGAUUCGACGGCCAUGGUUUUUCCAUGUCAGGUAACCCCAACAUCCCUUGUUAUGAUUCUGGACUUUUUGAUGAGAUUAGAGGUGGAUUUUUCGAGACCCAAAACGAAUUUCACAAUCUGUACUACGGGAAUGGAAACCUGGGGUAUUUGGGAAAUGGUGGGACGGCGAACAUGCAAAUUGAGGAGCUAACUGCCGCACAAACAAGAGUGAAGCAAGAAAUGCACAAUGCAAGAGAAGAUGAAAGAAGAGAAUUGUGGGGAUUUCCAUGGCAGCAAUUUGGCAAUGGGGACACUAACCAUAUGAAUGGAGUUGCCACAUCUUGGCAUGGACUUCUCAAUAGCCCUCUCAUGUAG